AAGUAAGCAAAUUCCCAGGUUUUGGUUGAAAAACCGAGUUUCUUGCCCUAACAUAUAUUCACCGUACGCGCCCAUGUCAAGAACCUCAAAAAUAGAAAAAGAAGGCGCUUCUUCUUUCUUCUGAUCCAAAAUCCCUAUAUUCUCUACUCUGAGAUUCAUCAAAUCUAACAUAGAUUCCGGCUAAAUUCUCUCCAAUCUUUGGAUCCAAACCCAAAGAUCUGCAACUUCACGCUUGCCAGUACAAUUUAUAUGGCAACAACAACACACUGACCCAUGCUUCUCCAAUGGCAAACACCCACCAAGGCAAGUUGCUCUCUUUUCUCUAUUUGCUUUUCAUUUUGGCUUCAAUUUUGCUGAACUACUCUAGCUCAGCCCCUACCCAACUUGAUCAUGACGAACACCACUCUCCUUAUCAUGAAUCUGAGACUGAAACUACAACUCAAUCCUACCAGCAGGAAGUUUUAUUGCACAAACUUGAUGAAUUAGUGAGGAACCUCAGUGAAGUAGUUGCUAGAUUAGAGACAAAAUUAUCCGAGUCGGUUAAAGUAGUGGCACCUUUAGAGGGUAGUCAGAAUCGAGAACAAGAUAGAUUUAAUCAGAUAAAAUCUGAUGGUAAAAGAUCGGUUGUUAAAGUCCAAGAAGAGGGUAUCGAGGAAAAAACUCGAGAUGGGGAGAGAGCAAGAGCUGUUUCUGUUACAAAAUACAGUCCAUUUUGGUCAGAGAAGUUUCAGUUUGUGUCUGCGGUGAAAUUAGAUUCGGAUGCAACUUGUAUUAAUGUUUUGCCAUUUCGAGAUUUUGAGGGUCUUAGUAAGUAUGUGGCUGUUGGGGAUGAUCAAGGCAGGGUUUAUGUGUUCUCAAGGAAUGGGGAUGUUUUGGUUGAUUUUUACACACUCUGCGAUUCGCCGGUUACUGCAAUGCUAUCAUACUUGUCAGUUUAUAAGAACGAAUGCAUUGUCGUGACAGGACAUGAGAAUGGUGUGGUUUUGGUGCACAAAGUUCGUGAAGGUCUGAAUGGAGAAGAAUGGGGUUCAUUAUCUAUGGAAAAUGUAGGUAAGUCUAUGCCCAAUGAUCAUUUGGAAGGCUUAGCUAUAACUAUUUUGGAAGUACAUCAUGUUGGGAGAUCAAGGUAUAUCUUGUCAUCGAGUGUUGGUGGGAAGAUUCGUGUUUUUAGAGAAAAUGGGACAGUUCAUGGCUCUGCUAUGCCGACAAGCAGACCACUUACAUUCUUGAAGCAGAGGCUUUUGUUCUUGACAGAGAGUGGUGCAGGGUCAUUGGAUUUAAGGAGCAUGAAAGUCAGGGAAUCAGAAUGUGAAGGAUUGAAUCAAACUCUUGUUCGGAAUUAUGUAUUUGAUGCUACUGAACGGUCAAAAGCAUAUGGAUUUACAUCAGAGGGUGAUUUGAUUCAUGUAUUAUUGUUAGGAGAUGUAAUGAACUUCAAAUGCAGGGUUAGAUCUAAAAGAAAGUUCGACAUGGAUGAACCCAUUGCAAUGCAAGCCAUUAAGGGGUAUUUGCUUGUUGUCAAUGAAGAGAAGGUUUUCGUGUAUAAUGUUUCGACUCAGCACUAUGUUAGGGUUGGUGGACCUCGGCUUCUGUUCUCUGCUGGUUUGGACGAGAUCAGAUCAUCAUUUCUAAAUUAUCAAGUGGUGGAUGCAAUUAACGGUUGGAGGAGGUUGAUACCCUUAAUAGCCAGUGACCAUGAAAAACUUGUUGUUCUUGGCCUUGGAAGUGGGUAUGUGGGAAUGUAUCGCUCUAAUCUUCCAGUAUUUAAAGGAGAAUUCAAUACAAUGCUAUGGACAAGCCCUGUGUUGUUCUUCAUACUCUUUCUAUUUGUAGCAUGGCAAUUCUUUGCUAAGAAGAAGGAAGCUCUUACAUCAUGGGGACCGGAUGAUCCUUUUACUUCCACAUCUGCCACAACUGGUGCUCCAUUAGCAUCAAGCUCUGGGGACAGAUCAUUUGUCGAUUCUUCUUCAAGAAGAGAUGAACUUAUGGACUUAAGGGCUGGUGGGUUGAGAGGUCCAUCAAGGAGUUAUGUUUCGCCUUCACAAUAUCCGGGGGGAGCAGCAACCAACUCCUUUAGUACAGGCACUACUGAUACCAACACUAGACCUGCUUCUGUUGAUCCUAAUUACAGAACAUCUUCUGAACUAAAAUAUAGAGGUCCAACCCUGGAAUCUACUGUUUUCCCUAAAAGAAGGGAGAAUCUAUAUGUAAACAAUCAAGUUGUGGAUGAUAGCAGUUGAGUUGUAAAAUCAGUUCCUUCAACUUUAACUUUCAGGUGCUGGAAUCCUUUAUAGUUUUAUCUUUGGACAGUUCAUUUGGUAUGAGGGAAGCCUUACGAGCUUCCAAUGUUGUAGCUUAAUUUCCUGGUUGCUUGAAGGAAAAUUAAUAAUGAAAAUCUUGUUAUCAA